CUUGUCGCCGGAAAGGCGGGGCCGGAGGCGGUCCUUCUCCCUAGCAACGGGAAUGUUGCGGGCGUUGCUACGGAGGAUGCAGCUGAUGUUUCUUGGGAAGGAGGCUGAUGGCGGAGGCCGCCGCGUUGCUGGUGCGAGGCCGGGGAGCCGCCCCCAGGGAGACAGCAACAGAGUUGCUUAGCAGAAUCCAGAGAAAUGGAACUAUGUGUGGCCUAACCUCUCCAAGUAUAGAGAGAAGCCAGUCUCUUCACAAUGAUAAUAUGGAGGGAUCCUCGCUGGUUCAGGGAGAAAUGGGUGGUUACUCAUCCCGCUGCCCGACAGACAGUCCCAGCAUUGAUGAAAUGGAGGAGAGUUUGCGGCAGCUCAAGCUCCAAGUGGACAGCCUGGCCUCCGGUGCGAGCUUUCGCCCAGACCUGGAAGACACUUCACAGCUGAAUUCUUCCACGGACUCGAGUCCCUUUCGUUCAAGGUGGCCAGCAGCUCCUGGUGGAACCGGGAACUAUGAGGAACUGGGCACCAGGGGGCCUCUUAUGUUGCCGCUGGAAUCCGAGUGGUACCUGAAACCGACAUGCCUCCUCCAACCCCAUGGCGAUUAUUCAGCCCUAAAAAGCUUGGGCAUCCCUACCUUUGCCAGUUCCCCAAUGAACCGGGUGUCGAGUCUGCUGGGAAGUGAGCUUGCCGACCAGAACCCGGUCCCCUCUAUGGAUCUGACCUUCCCUUUGAAACUCGGAGCCCCCCAUGUGAUUGGGGUCAAGUCCUUGCUGCCCCCUAAGAUCCCAGUGGGGGGGUGCUCACCAGAACGGGCCCCGCCCUCCCUCCACGACAGAGGCCGUUCGCUGAGCCUCGAUCGAACCCGGGGCCUCUGCUCCGAGUCGUCCUCUCCGGCCUCCAAACGGGCCCGUUGGUUCCGCUCCCGGUCCCAGUCUCCGAGGCCUGUCUGGAGGCCCAAUUCAGCGAAGGCAAACGCCUGUGGGCAGCCUCCACCCCAGAUUCCCAAGCCCAAGGGCAUCCGGAAGAAAAGCGGAGCCAGUCGGCAGUCACGGUCAAGGAUAUACAGGCCCGGAACACUGGCCGUCAGAUCUCGGACUCCCACCCGGGAAGUCGGAAGGGGGACGCCGAGCAGUUCCUGGAGCCCUUAUAGUUUGCCUUCUGCUGCCAUCUCUUCUCCUACAGCAGAGGAGAUCAACAAACGUUUCCUGCAGACUCUUGCGGAAGGCGCCAUCGGGAGAUCCCUGGUAGAAAUGUCUCCGUACCAGCAGGAGCUGGCUCGUCUCCGGCUGGAGCGCCUUCGCAUGGAAGAGGCAUGGCUCUUGGAGCUUAAGCGGCAGCAGGAGCUGGAACGGACCCGGGGCCCGAAACCCAAGUGGUACGAGAUGAGAGACUCGCAGUUCCAUUACGAAGCCCGCAAGAAUAACGAACUGCUGCGGAACAGCCAGGACGUGCAGCCUGUCUGUAACUACAGGCGGGAGCUGGCCACGGCCUCACAGGAGUUCCAGCAGCGGCCGAAUCGCCUGGAGAGCUGUUGAUCGAGAUUUUCAGAACACUGCCCUUGCAGGGUGAGGAUCUAUGUCCUCGGCUCCUUGCAGCCGGUGGAAAUAGAGAGCGACACGGUAGAUCACGGUAGAGCAACAUGGAAGAUCCUUCAGGUGCAGUCCUUGGUCAAAAGCAUCCACCUGCUCACUAACACGACUGCAGCUGAAUGCUGUGGAUUAAUCUAGAAAAGAUUUCUUUUCUUUUCUUUGCAUUUUAAAUUCUAGAAAAGAUUUCUAGCAUGAUUCUGGAGGACCCAAAUCCCACAGAUGCUUCGCUAAAUUUUGGCUGCUCCUCUUAAGCCUUCAGAUCUGAUUUCUGCCUUGGAAAUAAUUGUGUGACAUUUGCUAUUUGGACUUCUGGAAUUAAAAGGAGCAGUUGUAUGAUUGGAUGCUUCCCUGUGUCAGAAACUCCCCGUCUCUGGAAAGCAAAUUCUAGAAAUAGCUAAGCAGACACCCCGCACAGGGUAUCUCUUGCUAGGGGAUACCAUUUCAGACUGCUGGCGAAGGACUCAAUGUCGGAAUGUCCCUCCCAUAUAAAAAUAUUUUCUGCGUGUAGAAAGCUAGCUGAUCAAGAUUUUGGGCUAUUUUCUUCCUCUGACUGACCCCUUUUCUUUCCCUUCCCAACCUCCCCGCAAACAAAAUAUACCUCUUAAGAUUUAA